AUGGCCCCGCCUCCAACACAAAUAGAUUUCUUCUUCGCCCGCUACCAGACUCCAAUUCUUAUGGGAGCAUUCGCAACUCAAAUCUGCCAUCACCAAUAUAUCAAGCGGACCGAGCCUUCAAUUGCUUCCUCGGUCAAAGGGGCAGUCCGAGCUACGAAUUUCCCUCGAACGCUGAGAGCGGGUCUUGGAUGGGGGGUUGUGUUUCUGGGACUCUUGACUGAGAUCACACUCGCGAAGCAGACUAUAAGAGAUCACACAGAUCCAGUCCUUGCGCAGUCACUACAGAAGAAGUGGAAGAGGACAUCUGAAGCUUUCCAACUUAACAUCCCAACGCCAUGUCCCAAUAAUCCCACAAACGACUCCCGAACAACACGUACAAUGUCCGCAGACUUCUGGGCGGGCUACAUCUCGGGCGCCGCUGGGAUAAUUAUCGGUAACCCCCUCGAUGUCCUCAAAGUACGCCUGCAAGCAGGAACAGGCGCCCCCUCCACCCCUUCCCCCACCUCUCAAUUCUCCUCCGCAGGCUCCCUCAUCCGCGGCGCCACAGCCCCGAUCCUCGGAUACGGGGCUCUCAAUGCUCUGCUCUUCGUAACCUAUAACCGCACCUCCGCAUUUUUGAACACAAACCCAGCAGGAACACCGGCCGGGUUAUGGAGUACGUGGCUCGCGGGCGCGAUCGGAGGACUUGCGACUUGGGUCGUCAGCACGCCCACCGAGUUAGUAAAAUGCCGCGCUCAACUCUCCACUAGCUCAAGCUGGAACAUCACGAAAGAAAUUAUGCGUGCAGAAGGGGUACGGGGAAUGUAUUUCGGCGGCGCCGUAACGGCGUUGAGGGAUAGUGUUGGGUAUGGGUUUUACUUCUGGUCGUAUGAACUCAGUACACGUCUCAUGAUGUCGAGGUCCAAGCAGAGUACCUCGUCUGGACAAGAGGCAGCAAAGGUUCUGCUGUGCGGGGGACUGGCGGGCGUAGUUACGUGGGCGAGUGUGUUUCCGCUUGAUGUUGUGAAGACACGGGUUCAGACGCAGGUCAAUAUCUUCAGAAAUGCAGCUGAAAGCGAGGCUUUGCUAGGUGCUAAUGGAACUUCAGCGGAAACAAGCCCAGCACUGUCAAAACGCCUGGGUGCUGUAGAGAUUGCGAGGAAUGCGUAUAGGGCUGAAGGGGCAGGUGUGUUUUUCAGAGGCCUAGCUGUUUGCAGUGUUAGGGCUUUUGUUGUCAAUGCUGCGCAGUGGGCUGUGUACGAAUGGGUUAUGAGAGAGCUUGAUCCUGAGAGGAAGGCUGGCAUGAGAAAUGAUAUACCCUCAUAG